AUGGCCACUGAUGGCCACAGGGGCCUCAUCCAGCCCAGGAAAGUGCCAAACCCAAUGCGGGAGUCCCGGAGCCACCGGGAGCUGCACCGGGAGCUGCUCUUCAGCCACAGCAGGGGUAUCCUGCCCCGGCACAGGGCUGAGCUCCCACGGGUGCUGGAGGGCCGGCGUCUCAGGCAGCUGAGGGAGGAGAUGCAAGGACCCCCCUCCAACCUGGAGCAGCAGCUGAGGGAACGCCACCAGAGGCUUGAGGAGCACGAGCGGGAGACAGCAGCGGGGCCUGAUCCAGAUCCUCGCCCUGAGUUCUUGCUGGUGCGGGACAGACUGAGGAAGAUGAACCUGGUGGAGCCGGGCGCCCAGCAGACGUGA